AUGACCAGCCACACUCAACCUGGCGGUCCUGGCCGUCUCGAAGACGUCCGCGUCGCCGUGAUAUGCGCGCUGCCCCGCGAAUACGAUGCCGCCAUCUUGACACUCGACGAAAAAUGGAAAGCUGUUGAAAAUACCGGUAUAUUCACAAGAGGAAGCACACAGAAUCAUACGAUAGGCCGGGCUGGAAACCACAUUGUUGUUGUUGUCCUCCUCCUAAACAUGGGGAAGGUCGGCGCGGCGACUGAAACCGCUCGACUCAAACACAUCUACCCUGGACUCGAGCUAGCCUUCUUGACGGGUAUUUGUGGCGGAGUUCCCAGUCCGGGGACUGCCAACGAGAUGUUGCUUGGUGAUGUGGUCAUCAGCAAGAGCAUUGUGCAAUACGACAUUGGUCGUCAGUACCCUGGCCAAUUUGAUCGGAAAGACACCGUCGAAGACAACCUUGGCCGGCCGAACAAAGACAUCCGCACUCUUCUUGUCGUCUUGGAGACCCAGUCCGCUUUGAACGAGCUACAGCAACGUGCCAGACAGAAUUUGGCACACGUCCAACAGGAGGCCGUCAACGCAGGAUACCGAACUUCUUACUCGCGGCCCUCAACUGCAGAAGAUGUGCUUUUCGAGGCGAGUUAUUCUCACCGACAUCGCACUCAGUCGCAAUGCGAUUGCGAUGACUGGGUCAUCUGUGACGAACCGAUUAGUACGUCAUGCGAGGAGCUUCAGAGCGAGGCGAAGCCUCGAGUCCCGGGGAGACACCUCGCAACCACGGGAGGAAGUCAAGCAGAAGAUGUGCUUUCCGAGCCGACUUGUUCUCACAGACACCUUACUCAGUCGCAAUGCGGUUGCAAUGACUGGGUCAUAUGUGACCAGGCGAUUAGUGCGUCAUGCGAGGAGCUUCAGUGUGAGGCGAAGCAUAGAGUCUCGAGAAGACGCCUCGCAACCACGAGCGGAAGUCAAGCAGAAGAUGCAGAAACCCGGAUUCAUAUUGGACGUGUCGGUUCAGGUGACACGGUAAUGAAAUCUGGCGAACACCGGGACAACGUUGCCAAAGCCCACGGCCUCAUCGCCUUCGAGAUGGAGGGAGCGGGUGUCUGGGACGAGAUCCCAUGCAUCGUAGUGAAGGGAGUAUGUGACUACGCCGACAGUCACAAGAACAAAAGGUGGCAAGACUUUGCGGCUGCAAUAGCAGCGGCAACGACGAGGGCGCUCCUCGAACGCUAUCCUACCAAGGAAAACUCCCAGAGGGACGACGCAAACCAUCUCUCGCACUACGUCAUCCCGCUUGCAAAAAACAAGCGCUUCGUCGAACGAACCGAGACAUCUGAACUCAAGCGAAUGCUGUUUGACGAGUCAAACCCAACAGUUGCUCUAGUAGGACUAGGCGGUAUGGGCAAGACGCAGAUCGCCUUGGACAUCGCCUACUGGGUCAAGGAGAACAAGCCCGAGUACUCCGUCUUCUGGGUGCCAGCCGUGACCCUCGCAAGCUUUGAGCAAGCAUACGCCGACAUAGCCAAAGAGCUUGACAAUUCUCUGACAGAAGAGGACAAUGAUGAUAUGAAGUUGUCCGUCAAACAGUUUCUAAGCUCAAAGAGAGCGGGUUAUUGGUUUCUGAUUGUCGACAACGCGGACGACAGCGAGAUCUUGCACGGAUCAUCAGACGACGACGAUGGCCUAAACAGCUAUCUUCCACAGAGCGAGAAUGGCACCACCCUGUUUACGACACGCUUGAGGGACCUGGCGAUGUCGGUUGCAGACGACGCUGUGGUGGACCUCGAUGCGAUGAAUCGAGAUGACGCCAUGAAGCUAUUAGAGAGAUCGCUCCACCAGCAGCGACAGGGCCUCCUUCAGGAUUCCGACUCGACACUGAAGCUCUUGGAUUUCCUCACACAUCUUCCCUUGGCAAUCACGCAAGCCGCUGCGUAUCUGAAUCGGAAUCGCCAUGUGUCUCUCGCCAGAUACCUUCAACUUCUACAGGGUACAGAACAAACCCGCAUGAGUACAUUGAGCAGAGAAUUCGACGACCGGACUCGAUAUCCAAAAUCACGAAACGCCAUUGCAACUACGUGGUUGGUGUCGUUCGACCAAAUCAAGCAAACAGACAGCUACGCCACAGAGUUGUUGUUCUUUAUUUCACUCAUCGAGCCAAAGUCCAUACCACGCUCAAUCUUAUACUGCUCUGGUUCUGAAGAUGACAUGGAGUACGCUAUUGGCACUCUGUGUUCAUAUGCAUUUCUGGUUGCUCAAGAGGAUGCAGAAACUUUUGAUAUGCACAGUCUGGUGCACCUAGCGGCACGUUUCUGGGCAAAACAACAGUCAGUCGAGGAGCAAAUCACAAGAGCUGCUGUCAAGCAUCUUUGCGAGAUUUUCCCACCACAUCACUUUAGUAACCGUACUGUCUGGAGACAUUAUAUGCCACAUGCCCUCAAACUUUGGAGGACAACAACACAAAUUAACGAAUCAGAGGCUCAAGCCGGUCUGUAUCUCAAAGUCGGCCAGUGUCUCUUGCGCGAUGCACGAGUCAAUGAAGCUGUUAAGCUACUAGAACACGUGGUGGAAAUCAGAGCGACACUUGAUGAAUGGCAUCCAGAUCGACUUGAGGCUCAGCACCACCUUGCAAAGGCAUAUCGAUAUGAUGGACAAUUCAACAAAGCUAUCAAGCUACUAGAACACGUAGUGGAACUCAGAGCAACGCUUGAGGAAUGGGAUCCAGAUCGACUUUCGUCUCAGCACCAGCUUGCAACAGCAUAUCACAAUGAUGGAAAAAUCAAGAAAGCCAUCAAGCUACUAGAACACGUAAUGGAAAUCAGAUCAACACUUGAGGAAUGGGAUCAAGAUCGACUCUCGUCUCAGCACCAACUCGCAUUAAUAUAUAGAGAUGAUGGACAAAUCAAGAAAGCUAUCAAGAUGCUAGAGCACGUAACAGAGGUUGAGGCAACAACGCUUGACGAAGGGCACCCAGAUCGACUUGCCUCACAACACGAACUCGCAUUAACAUACCACUCAGUUGGGCGUGUCCAGGAGGCUAUUAAGCUACUAGAGCACGUAGUGGAAGUCAGAGAAACAGUACUUAACAAAGAGCACCUAAAUCGACUUGCCUCGCAACAAGUACUCGCAGUAGCAUACCGCUCAGAUGGGUGUGUCCAAGAGGCCAUUAAGCUACUAGAGCACGUAGUGGAGGUUAAUGCAACAACACUCAACGAGGAGCAUCCAAGGCAACUUAGCGCGCAAUACGAACUUGCAUUAGCAUACCGCUCAGAUGGGCGUGUUCAGGAGGCUAUUAAGCUACUAGAGCACGUAGUAGAGGUCAAGGCAACAACACUUAACAAAGAGCUUCCAAGCCAACUUACCGUGCAAUACGAACUUGCAUUAUCAUACCGCUUAGAUGGGCGUGCCCAGGAGGGUAUUGAGCUACUAGAGCACAUAGUAGAGGUCAGGAUAAAAACACUUGAAGAGGUGGACCAAAAACGACUUACCUCGCAAUACAACCUCGCAUUAGCAUACCGCUCAGAUGGGCGUAUCCAGGAGGCUAUUAAGCUACUAGAGCACAUAGUGGUGGUUGAGGCAACAACACUUAACGAAGAGCACCAAAGUCGACUUGCCUCGCAAUACGAACUCGCAUUCGCAUACCACUUAGAUGGGCGUAUCCAGGAGGCUAUUACGCUACUAGAGCACGUAGUGGAGGUUCAGGCAGCAACACUUGACGAGGGGGACCCGAAUCGACUUGUUUCACAGCAAACACUCGCAACAUGUCUUGCGGAAUUGCCUCCAGGGGCAACUUAG